AUGCCUUUCGAUCUCCGAAUCCGCCCGGCCAUUGCACUCAAACUGCACAAGGAGGUUUACACCUCCCUGGCCUCCGGCGACUUACCCAUCCUUUCCAAAUUGAUCUGCUCAGGUCUAGCCACCAAAUUCAAGACCAUAUAUACACGCCGUUUAGCCAACGAGCUACCCCCCCAAUCAUGGAAACUCAUCCGCUAUACCUCUCCCUUGCGGAUUCCCUUCAGUUCCACCCUCUUCUCCGUCCGAAUCCCCUUCACCUCCGUCGUCCUUAGGCCUUCACUCAUCCGCUGGCCCCUAACCUCUCUCCUCCCAGGCACGCAAGCCAAAAUAAUGUCCGACCGCGUCGUCCCCAUGCCCAUAGGAAAUCACAUCUACCUGCGACAAUGCAUCGUGCGCAUCCGCUCCCUCCAAUCGCUUGACAAAGGCGACGGCAAUCCGCCAGCAGUGGCUGACCUGACAGAAUACCUGGUCAUGCAGCAGGUGAAGAAGGAGGAGGAUGAGCCGGCUGUGUGGAAGAUGUGGGGCACUACGAAACCACUUACGAGACAGGAGAUGGAGACGAUGGUCGAUGCGCGGACGGUUGCGGCGCAGAGUCAGGGGAGGAUAACGUUUAUGGAUCGGCUGAAGGCGAUGAUGCCGACGAGGGGGUAA